UAAGAACUUUUGCAGACCUGGACUGUGAGCCUUUUAUUUCCCUCAUCCUCAGGCAGUCACCCACUCUUCUGAUUUGGCGGGGAGCUCCAGGCUGGACGCCAGACCCAGCAGGCGGUAUGUGCUACACCAAAUGUGCCGAGUUCAUCGGGACCAUCUUAAUGUCCCUCUCCUUAACGUGUGUCACCCUCAACAUUCUCGCGUUUUUUCCCGAUUGGGAUCCAAAGUAUCUCACUGAAGGCCAGCUGACUGUCUUCGUCCAUUGGUUGCCGGGAAUUGUAGGAGGCGGGCUGAUGGUAUUCUUACCUUCCCUUUACUUUGUUGCAAUGGAAGGAAAAGACUGUUGUGGAUGCUUCGGCUAUAAGGAUUGUGGGAGAAGAUGUGUGAUGCUCACCUCAGUGGUGCCGGCUGCUAUUGGACUUUUGGGAGCUUUUUACUGUAUCAUUAUAUCGGUUCUUAGCAUACUGAAAGGUCCAAAAUGUCUUGAUGUGAGUGGCGAAUGGAACUACCCCUUUGCCACUGUCAGAAGUUACAUUACUAAUCCCAGACUAUGGGGUGUGUGCGUUGAACCCAAAAAUAUUACGCAAUUCCACCUGCUCAUGUUUUUCCUUCUUGUGGGCUUUGGAGUACUGGAAAUCGCCUUUCUUAUCCUUCAAGUAGUAAAUGGUGCGGUUGGAGGCCUGUGUGGUUAUUACUGCAACAAGACAAAGAUGCUUAUAGUAGCAGCAGCUCUCCUAAUACUGGAGAGGGAUACACCGUAUAAAUGCUGUCAGAGUGAGAACUGCAGCAAAAAAUAUAUGAGUUUACUCUCCAUUAUCUUUUCUGUCCUUGGAAUUGCUUUCUCUGGAUAUUGCCUGGUGAUAUCAGCGUUGGGUUUAGUGCAAGGACCAUAUUGCCGUACCCUCAAUGGCUGGGAAUAUGUCUUUGAAGACACCACAGGGAGUUUCCUCAGGGAUCCUAGCACAUGGAGCCAAUGCCUGGAGCCUGCUCAUGUUGUUGAAUGGAAUAUUAUUUUAUUUUCUAUUCUUAUAACACUCAGUGGCCUCCAAGUCAUCAUCUCUCUCAUCAAAGUAAUCAUUGAACUCAGAAAACUACUGUGUACAACCUACUCAGUCAUAAUACAGCCUGGAAUCAUUUGAACAUGGAAAAGAGUCCUUUCUAUGAGCUCCAGACCUGACCAUCGACCUCACUUGUACAGACUUGUGGAUACAAAUAGAGAUUCAAACAAUGUGACUUUUUACUGAUGUUUCUCAGUCUUCCUCAGUGCUAAUACUAAUACCUUUUAUGGAAGGUCCAAAUUUCAUUGAGACAGUUAAUCAGUCAGUCAACAAGCAUUUAUUAAGCAUCUUCAAUGUGCCACAAACAAUGUUAUGGACUAACCACAAUCCAUAGAUAUAAAGCUAAAAAAGACCUUAUAGUCUAACCGCCCUCAUUUGAUAGAGAAGGAAAAUGAAACCUUGAGAGCUUAGGUGCUCACAUGUGCAGGAUUUGAACCCAGAUCCUCUGACUCCAAGGCCAAUGCUAUUGUCACUGUACCAUAAUGCCUCCCAUGAUCAGUCCUGCCCUUCCACUUUAUUCUGGUCAUUCCCAAUCCUGAGAGGCAAGAGGCAGAAGGGAAAGGAAGCAAAGAAGAUGUGAUCUAUAAAAUCUCUGCACAUAUAUUACAAUAAAAUCUUUUUUAAAAGUUUUUAAAAACCUGUACGGGUUCCUUUUGUUUCUUCCUAAAAACGAAAGAUAGCAUACCAUCUCCCAUCACAGCCUCAAAGAAAAACAAUU